CUCGCCUUCAGCACUCUGAAGUAAACUAGAUGCCUUCAGCGACGGGAUACGCAAACAUAAUGGAAUGGCCUGCUGAAGAUCAGCUAUUACGGCAAUGGCCGUUUGGAACACGGCCCACCACAUUCAGAUCCCAAAAGAUCAACGACGAAAUCAAGGUUUUCUCCGAUCGAUGGCGAAGGGAAGUCACCACCGGAGCAAUGCCAAAGCUAUGGACCCGUGAGAACAGCGCUACAUUGUCGGCAGGAGGGCAUGGGCGAGCAGCUAUCCCUGUGACGCAGUCCAGCAUCCCUAGGCAUUCAGCAAAGGAAGAGAGAACACAUCGGAAUCAUCUGGAUGUUGAGUUCAACCAUCAGACGAGAUUGUUUGGUGUCCGCUCUUCACUAGCAAAAGACCCAUCAAGGCUUCAAGGGUCCACGAUGGAAAGACAUAUCCGCCCCGAUUCUUCCCAAUCAGAAGACCGUCUGAUGCGAUGCUCAUUCUAUAAUCGAUCUCCAGAAGCGAUCCCGUACUCUCAUGGACCCAGUAAAUGGGAAAGUGGACGUAGAACAACAACAGCAGCCUCAACACUGAAAAAGCCAUCCGUACCUUAUAUCGAACACAAAGUCCCUGCAGUAGGUUUAUGUGUUUCCACUGACCCCGUAGAAAUACCGACGCCAGUGUCAACCCUUCCGCAACUCAAAAGUGCCGCGGCACGUAAGCCUGCCAAAACCCCUAGUAGUACUCGCGAGCAAGAUGACCUCGAUCUCAAACUUGAGCUAUGUGAUCUAGUGCAGAACGAACGAAACGAAGCGGACAAUUAUUACGGGCUGAUACAAGAGCUGAAUCAGAGAGAGGAGAGAGCAAAGAUAUCAUUGCUAAAAAGGGAUGCUCGAACUUUUCGCAAACUUCAGAAAAAGGUCGCUGGUCUUGUAAAAGAGCAUUGCUCGCCAAAAGUAGCAUCCGUACGGCGGCGAAGUCAAAUGGAAGAGUUUCUUGCAGGAAAACAUCGAGACAGCGUCUUUUUGGAGAAUCAAUACUUGCAAGUUGGCGCACCUUGAAAGAUGAAUGUAGAUAUGUGUUGCAUUUAAUGCAGCUGCCUCACUGGCUUUUAUUUGCAUACAGAGAAUAACAAAUGGCCUAACAAAGGCAUUAUAGAAUCACUAGUG